AUAAGAAUGGUUGAGGAAAAUCGCCAUGCAAGUUCACUGCAUUUAGCUAAAGAAGUAGAAAGCCAAACUGAGGUGAUUGUUUCUCAUGGCACAAUAUGGCGUACACUGCAGAGGAAUAGCAUGCAUGGGUGUCGUCCACGAAGGAAGCCUGUCCUACAGCACAAGCACAAAAAAACCCACCUAGAAUUUGCCAGGGCCCAUGCUGAAAAAGAAGAAGACUACUGGGUCUCUGUACUCUGGAAUGAUGAGACCAAGAUAAAUAUUUUUGAAACUGAUGGCUUCAAAACUCUAUGGUGUACUAAGAAAAAUGCAUGGUGCCUACAGUGAAACAUUGUGGUGGCAGUGUCCUUCUGUGAAGCUGCAUGAGUGCUGCUGGUGACUGGGAGCUGCAUUUCAUUGAUGGUAUCAUGAAUUCAUAGAUGUACUGCUCUAUAUUGAAAGAGAAGAUGCUACCAUGCCCUUGGUCACCGAGCACUUUUCCAACAUGACAAUGACACA